UGUGGAACUGGGCGUCGUCGAUGGAGGCGAUGCUGUGGCAGGGUCUGCCACAUGGCGGCGUGCGAGUGGUCCACGAUAUCCGCUACGGCCCUCGACCGCGCAACACUCUUGACAUCUACAUGCCACCAGAUCUGACGCUUGACAGCAAUGCAGCAGGCAGCAGCAGCAGCAGCAGCAGCAGCAGCAGCAGCAGCAACAGCAGCAGUACCGAAGGAAGCAAGGGGCGGCCGGUGUUGUUUUUUGUGCACGGGGGAGUGUGGGCGAGUGGCGAGAAGUGGAUGUAUUCUCCGCUCGCAAUCCGAUUCGCUCAGUCAGGGGCGGUGGUGGUUACCAUUCAGUACACUCUCUACCCAGAGGUCAUUGCCAUCCACCAAGUACACGAAACGUCCAAGGCGCUCUCAUGGGCAAUGGACCACAUUCACGAGUAUGGGGGCGACCCCUCGCGCAUCUUCCUCACAGGCCACUCCUCAGGCGCCCACGUCUGCUCCAUGGUUGUGUGGCGCCGCCUCAGGUCUGCCCUCCGCCGCAUGUUCCAGGCGCAUGGAAAGGAUGUAGCAUCGUCAGCAGCAGCACCCACGGCUGUAGCAGAGGCUGACAGCAGCAGUGUCAGCAGCAGCGCCAGCAGGGAGGGAGAAUCGCCACAGCCCGCCCUCAAGGGACACUCUCUCAAGGGAGAGGACAAGGGAGAGGACAAGGGAGAGGAGCUGAAGGGAGAGGAGCUGAAGGGAGAGGACCUCUGGUCUCCAGGCGAACCUUUGAGGCGCAUCAAAAGUGACCUCUGGUCCAUAGGCGAGCCUUUGAGGCCUCUGAAGGGAGAGGACCUCUGGUCUAUAGGCGAAUCUGAUCUGAGGCAGCCCUACUGUUUCCUGGGAAUGAGCGGUGUGUACGAUAUAGCCCACCACCAGCGGUAUGAGCAGAACCGGGGCGUGGUCGCUCUCUCUCUCAUGACGCCUGCUAUCGGCGGGCCGGCACGGGCACUCGAGCAGCUGGCAGCAGUCAGCGCUGCUGCUGCUGCCUCCCUCAGGCCCUCCCUCUCUGCCGCCCUCAAAUCCGCGUCACCCCGCUCAUUUGCCACGUCAGCUGGUCCCAACGCCACGUCAGAGGGUCCAAACGCCACGUCAUCAGAGGGUCCAGUGAAAUUAUUAGGUAAUUCUGAUGAAGGAAUCACCAACCGCCAACCAGCUGCUGCCAAGUCCUCAUCAGUAUCGUCCUUGUCAGUAGGAGGAGCAAGAGCAGCAGGAGCAGCAGGUGUAAGGAGUGAACAGGCAGCAAGAGCAGCAGGUGUAAGGAGUGAACAGGCAGCAAGAGCAGCAAGAGCACCAGGAACAGCAGGUGUAAGGAGUGAACAGGCAGCAAGAGCAGCAAGAGCAGCAGGAGCAGCAGGUGUAAGGAGUGAACAGGCAGCAAGAGCAGCAAGAGCAGCAGGAGCAACAGGUGUAAGGAGUGAAAUGGGAGGUGAAAGUGAUGCUGGUAUGCAUGUGACCAGUACAGAAAAGGUAAGCGCAAUCUCAGGAGGAAAUCCCACCUCUGUUGCAGAUGCAGUCAACAGAGCGACAUCAAAAGAAGCAGCGAAGCAGGCCCUUCGAUCCCACCUCCUCAACUCGUCAGCUUUCAAGCAACGGGUAGGUGCCGCACCAACUGAUGCCACACCAACUGAUGCCACACCAGCUUCCACCAUGCCACCUCCAGCGCCAUCCUUGCCUGCUUCUUCGCCUCUCCAACCAGCCCAAGAGUUCACCGUCCCUCCGCCCUUCUCCGUCUCCUCCUCCUCUUACACAGCUGCUGCAGCAGCAGCAGCAGUGGCAGCAGCUCCCACAGGCACACCUUCAGAAAACGCCUCGUCUCCUUCUUCCGAUCAAGAAGCAUCCUCCUCUCAAGAGGCAGGCCCCCUCUCCUCUGAUUGCUUCUCCUCCAGGUUCUUCGCCCCGUCGCCGCCCCCUCCUCUUGACAUUCUCAGGCAGGAGCUGGGAGGGGGUGUUGCUGAGGCUUGCAGUACUGCUGACUCUAUAGUCCCCACCGAAACAUCUCUCUUUCUCAUCCGCUCGCUUCACCACCUCAACUCCUUCCUUCUCCCCUCGCCUCCUCCCAGCCAGCUCAAGUUUGGGGGAGAGAGGGGCAGAUCGGGGGGUGAAAAAACUGAUGGGAGGGGAACAGGGGAGGGAGCAGGAGGAGCAGGAUUAGGAGGAGGGGGAGUGGGGAUUCGUGCAAAGGCUUUGGUUUAUGAUGACGUUGGUCAUUCGGCUUUUGCGUGCUGGGCCGUGAGAGGUGAGAGGAGAGGGAGAAGGGACGGAGAGGGGGGUGGAGGAGGGGGGGUUGUGAAGGGUGGAGUGCAGGAUGGGGUGAGCGAUGGGGAGGUGGGGGGAGGAGGGAAGGAGGAGGAAGGGGAGUGGAAGGGAGGGAUGUUAAUGAGAAGCAAGAGCAUGAGGAAACUGAGUCAACUGGGUCAACGAGAGGGAGGAGAUGGCGGGGCAGAGACCGCGGAUGGGGAGGAGAGGGAGGAAGUGGCGGGGCAGGUGUUAUCCAGUGGAGCGAGGGUUGCCAGGGAAGGGGCGGUAUUGGAAGCCAGCGGAGAAGGAGCAGCGGCUGCUGAAGAAAGGGCAGCAGAGAUCGCAGAGGCAGCAAAUGGGGCGGCGGCCGCCGCACCAGAUGGGGUUGCAGCUGAAGCUACAGGUGGAGCUGGGCCACCGCUCUUGGUACAGGAAGGCAAGAGCAGCCUGGCCGAGGAGGUCACGGAAGAGCAACGCUCGGCGGCCACUUUGACACCAGCUCCCGCCACCUCGGGAGGUCCCACGGGCAGAGGGAGGUGUCAUGCUGCGUCAUCACGCCGUGCCAACAUUCCCCUCCUUCCAUCCCCUCCCCCGGCCCCCCUCCCCCCACAACCAGCCACGGCUCCCCAAGCCAAUGCAGCCCCCCCUCACAUGGGUCCAUCACCUAUCCUUCUCUCCCCUUUGCAGGCACACGAGGGAGGUCCUAUCGGCACGGCUCUUCCCCACCAACACCUAGUUGCCCCUCGGGAUGGCGACCUCCGCACUAGGAUGGAGGUCGCCAGAGUUGGGGAUGAUACAAUGGUAGAAGAGGUUGCGCUCAUCUCCCAUGCCCCCCCUCCCACCACUGCAGGCAGCCCCACCCCGCCCCCGACAGCUCAACUGAGACGGCAGGAGGGUGAGCUAAGGCCAUUGCCACAUCCACCCGCAUCCCAGCCACAUGGCCAGGCAGGGCGUGCCUCAUCUUUCGCUGAACCAGCUCAUCCUUCCUCCCUUACAGACGGGGAGGCGUUGGAGUCCACAUCGGGUUUGAGAGCGGCUCCCCCCCCCAAGGACCUCUCUCUUGCCGCCCCCAUCCAGCUGGACCCCUUCCACCCAUCUUCGAUGGAGACCGACCUAAUUCUUCGGCCGUAUGCUCCACAUGCCGACGUAGUCCCCGACCUCAUGUGUACGACCAUCACCGACUCGAUGCCCAGCACCACGCCCGGCUCCGCCCACCACUCACCCAGCCAGUUUGGGGAUGCCCCAUCUCCCCCUACCCUCGACGUUCCGGCGGGUGUCUUGCUGGCCAACGGGGCAGCCUCUGCAAAUAGUUCGGAUGGCACAGCCACGGCCGACCCCACUGACACAGCGACGUUGUAA